GACAUCGACCCGGAAAACCCUGCACCUGCGGUGAUGCUAGCGAGCAGCUCUGGGCCUGGUCUCUGCUGCCCCCAGGUGGUCCUUCUGGGUACUGCCCGUGGGAGAGGUGGGAGAAGAGACCAGCCAUCAGUUGGAGGAUCAGUUUGGGGGAGACACCUGGUGCAGCAGGCUUAGCGGAAAAGGGGAGCACUAAGACCCAGGGACAGUGGAGAAUUGCAGCGAGAAGCUGGUGGAAGAGGAGGAAGGCCCGGCGUCUGAAGCAGGCAAAGGAGGAGGCCCAGAUGGAGGUGGAGCAUUACCGUCGAGAGCGAGAGCAGGAAUUCCAGAGCAAGCAGCAGGCGGCCAUGGGCUCCCAGGGGAACCUCUCAGCUGAGGUGGAGCAGGCUACGAGACGCCAGGUACAGGGCAUGCAGAGCUCCCAGCAGAGAAACCGUGAACGCGUCCUGGCCCAACUUCUUGGCAUGGUCUGUGACGUCAGGCCCCAGGUCCACCCCAACUACCGGAUUGCUGCCUAGAAUUCACCAUAGGACCUGACUGUUCCCUUCCAGUUCCCUUCCUCAAAGAAACCCCCCAAACAAAAUUACCACCUGCCAUCUUCACUGCUUCUUUCCUAUUUUCUCUCCUUUCCAUUCCCUAGAAAUUCUAGGGGCAAGAUCCAAUAACUCUGUGAAAAGUACCCUGCUCAGAUCUGAGUCUCCUUACUGUUCUUUAACCUUCACUGGGACCUUGUAAACUCCCAAGUCACUCUCACCGAAACCCUCUGUGAAAUUUGUAGCAUGGAUAAGUAGGGAUGUGGAAAAAACACUUUGACUUCAGAGCCUGGAAGCCUUGGGUUCCUUUCCCAACCCUGCCACUUUCUGGCUGUGCACCUAGGACAGCUACUUAAUCUGUAGUCCAGUGUCCUCCUUUGCAAGACUGGCAUGAUGCUGAUGGUGAUAAUAACAGUAAUACCUACCUUACGGGACUGCUGCAAUGAUUAGGAAUCACUCUGUAAAGAGCCUAGCAUGGUUUUUGGCAUGUAGUUGCUGUGAUUCCAUAAAUGUCCGCCCUAUGAUAUUAUUACCACCCGUUGCCCACCGUCAAAACCAAAACACAACUGUUUCCUCACAUUUGUCAAUGGCUGUCUAAAUCACUCACUCAUUCUGUGAACCUAGUAAUUUUUCUGAAGAAUUGGUUCUUCCCACCUCUCUUUUCCCAGAGACUUUAUGGUCCCUGAAAAGGAAAUGAAGACCUCGUUUAGCCUCUCUACUGUGGUUCCAGGAAGAUGUUGGUCUUUCUUUUUAUUGGAUUUUUCCCUUUCCUUUUCCGAUUUCCCCAAAGACCCAUCAGAUGCUCACUGCUUCCUGAGAUGUAAAGUGAUGCUGUGUUCCUUUGUAUGCAUGGCCUCCCUUUCUACAUCCUUAACAUCCUUUCCUUUGUAACAAUAAGAAAGUGUCAAUAAUAAUAAUAAAAAUAAAACCUAUGGGCAAAUCA